AUGGCGGAAGACAUCGAGUACAAGCUUGAGGUUGUGAAGGUCACACCAAUUGCCUCGGAGGAAAUCGAUAAGACUUUCCGAUCGAGCAGCAUCGACUUGAUCUCCGGAACAUUAGGAGGCAAAGUCCUAGGAUUCUCGGACCAAUGGUUUGCCGAUGCUAUCAACCUAUUGACGCCUACGCCUCCUAUUAGGCAGCCUGGAAAGAUGGUCUAUACGGGUGCUUGGUAUGACGGAUGGGAAACGAGGAGACACAACCCAGAGCCUUUUGACUGGGUGGUUAUACGACUUGGUGUGGCGUCUGGUACCGUGGAGGGCGUUGAGAUUGACACUGCCUUCUUCUCUGGUAACCACGCUCCCGCAAUUUCCAUCGAGGGCUGUUUCUCAUCAGAUGACGAUGAGGUUCUCUCUUGGAAAGGAGAAAGAGGAAAAUGGGAAACCAUUCUGGGAAUUCAGGAAUGUGGCCCCUCGCAAAGGUUCGGCUGGAAGUUGGACAACCCCACCUCAAAACAGUAUACGCAUGUCAGGCUCAACAUGUACCCCGAUGGAGGAAUUGCAAGAUUCCGAUUAUUUGGGCAUGCAGUUCCGGUCUUUCCACAGGAUACUGGCGCAAUUUUUGACUUGGCUGCAGCUCAGAAUGGUGGCGUCGCAGUCUCUUGCAGCGACCAGCAUUUUGGUACCAAGGAUAAUCUUAUCUUGCCCGGUCGAGGCAAAGAUAUGGGAGACGGUUGGGAAACUGCACGGUCUAGGACUAAGGGACAUGUUGAUUGGGCCAUCAUCCGUCUGGGUGCACCGGCUCUCAUACAAGACUUCGUUGUAGAUACGGCAUUUUUCAGGGGAAACUUCCCACAAAAGUCCAAAAUCGAUGCGAUUGAAUGGAAGGGGACUGGUGAGCCUGGGGCUGAUGCUGAUGGAUGGGCUGAAGUCCUUGAGCCUAGUAAGUGUGGCCCUGAUCAGGAACACAACUUUCCUAGCGCAAUAAAGGACAAAACCUUUACCCACGUGAAAUUGACUAUCAUUCCUGAUGGAGGCGUGAAGCGAUUGCGCGUGCUGGCUAAGAGGUCUCGCUCAAUGGAUUUUGGGGACUCUGAUGGCGGGGGCUUUGGCGGGGAGUCGCCAAAGAAGCCUCGAGCUCUGCCAGCCGACCUACCCAAGUCCCUAGACGAUCGGAAGAUAGUAUCAACAGAACUGGUCCCGGAGACUGAGAUGUACGAUGGUUGGCAAGGACAGUCACAGUUCCUUACGAGCCCUAUGUUGGCGAAACCCCUUCAGUUUAGCAACCUGACCCUAGACGAUCCUAACUACGACCAAGAUGUAACUAAGGGAAUGCCCGAUAGCGAUACGCGAUUAAUGCAAAUGCUCGCCGCACAAGCACAACACCUUGGAGGGGAGGCUUUUGGUGAUGUAGAUGCCAUCGCCGCAGACGAGAAACUAUCGGACGAAGAGAAAAAGAACAUGCUACAAAAGGCUUUGAUUAUGUCCGCAAGUAACGGUGAUCUUGAAAAUGUGAAGAAGAUACUUGGCGGCAAGGCCAAAUCAUUUGUGGAUAUUAAUGCACCGGACGAAGAAGGAACACCGUCCUUGGUAUAUGCCAGCUGCUUUGGACAUGAGAGUGUGGUACAAGCUCUUGUAGACGCUGGAGUUGAUGUAGAUAAACAGGACCGCAACCAUUGGAGCCCCCUAAUGUGGGCAAUGACCAACCGACAUAAGGGCAUCGCGAAAAUCUUGCUUGACAAUGGAGCCUCACCUGAGGCUAAGACCUCAUCUGGAAGAACAGCUUUCGAUUUUGUUGCGCCCGACAGCGAAAUGUCGUAUUAUUUACACGAUAACGGCUACGGUAUCGGGAAUGCUGGGGUUACAGACGAUUUCUACAACCCAGGCUUCUCCCAAGAUAGGUUCGAAGAAGAAAUGGCCGAGAACGAAAUACGGCGGCGGAUGAUGAUGGAUAGUGCGCGAGACCUUGAGGUCGAUUUAGGCAACAUGGGAAUAGAUGACCAACCUGAGCCCAUGGAUGAAUUCGAAGAAGAGUUACAGGAGUUUGACUGGAGCCGAUGUCUACAUGACCAGAUGUUCGUCUUCCAAGAAAGUGAUCUAGAUAGGAUCCUCGACAUUAUUAUCACCAACAUGCAACCGCAGCGAUCACCAUCCCAGAAGCCCGUUCCGGCCAAUAUGAUUUUUCUUAGUGCGCGAUACGCCCACUACCACUCUAGCCCCGAACUUUUGGAGAAGCUGCUCGUCACUGCUCAAGACAAAAUUAAUGAAGUUGUCGAAGAUCACCAAUGGGAUAUGACUAUCUUGGCCUUCUGGAUGUCGAACGCGACCCUCUUAUUACACUAUCUAAAAAAGGAUGCCGGAUUAGUUGAGGCAACCACCGAAUUCCAAGCGCAGCUAGCGGAACUCAUUAAUGAGAUAUUUAUUCUGAUCGUUCGAGAUGCAGAAAGACGGUUAGACAAAGUAUUGGAUUCCGCGAUGCUUGACCACGAGACCAUUCCUGGACUUGACGAUGUCACUUUUCAACAUGAAUGGAAGCUUUUUAAGAGAAAAAAGGAGGUCAAAGAGGAGCCACUCGAAAAACGAUUCCGACCUCCCUCCCCAAAGCAGCGUGCUAAGCCCGCCCCUCGAAACGUGACAUCCCUUUUAUCAUCUACAUUAUUUGUCCUCGAUUUAUACGAUAUCCACUCUGUUAUCACUGCGCAAAUCAUAUCACAACUUCUUUAUUGGCUGGGCGCAGAGCUAUUUAAUCGAAUUAUGAACAACAGAAAGUACCUUGCACGAACGAAAGCGAUGCAAAUUAGAAUGAAUGUUUCAGUAUUAGAAGAUUGGGCUCGGUCUAACAAUCGCCAACCUGAACAUUAUGAACAUGGUGAGACGAAUUCUUCCGGCGAAACGACGGUGGAGGCAGCACGGCGGCACCUAGCGCCUAUCGUUCAGCUCCUUCAGUGGUUGCAAUGUUUUUCAUCAUUGGAUCCGGACGACCUGGAGGCUCUAGUUGGAACACUCCAACAGCUCAAGCGGUUAAGUCCGCAACAGUUGAUUUUUGCUGCUAAAAACUAUCGACCAGAAGUCGGAGAAAAGGGAUUACCUAAGAGUGCGUUGAAAUAUCUCGACGCAAUCCAGAAAGAAGCUGCACUUAGGAGAGAUCGCAGAAGAACAAUGUCCCCGCUGCCAGGUAGCGCACCCUCGACUCCUGUUAGGAACACGUCGAACGGUAAUAACGCGGCGACUCCUGGGAGUGUGCAAGGCACGCCGAAUCCGGAUCAAGACGACGACGACGAUAUACCAGACGGAAUAAAUCUCGAUCCCUCCUUAAUGCUACCAUUUACUUUACCAACCGUUACUGAUAUGCUUGUCUCCUACGGUGCCGGGUUUGGAGGAGUUAAUCGGGAACGAGAGAGGAAGUACAUUCCAACAAUCCCGCCAGAGUUCCUCGAAAAAUUAGAAGUAAGCGGCAAUUCAAAUCGGCCAAUUUUUGGCGAAAAGGAUUGGGAAAAUGAAGAAGUUUGA